AUGAGUCAAGCGCCUUGCUUCCCGAGUGGCGGCGGACUGCCGGCAGCUGAACCGCUGCGUGGUCCGGUUCUUUCGAGUGACAGUGGUCAGGCGCCUUCAGCUCCUCAUGCUCUGCCUCAGAAAACCCCAGGGCGCCAACGGCCGGAACGCCCGCUAAGAAGCCGCCUGCUGCAACGACUCGAGGCGAGCCUUGCCGUCGAUCCAGACAAGGAGGUGAUACUGCCGGUGCUGGUUGUUGGUGCGGAUCUGAGGCAGCAUGCCCUUCUGGCUCGUUUCAGUCAGCUCUACGAGCUGUCGCUGGUGACGGACGCUGCAGUUCGCUUUCUCGGUUUCGAGCCACUCAGCCUCCCCGCCGGUGUCCUGAAACCCUUCAGCUGCCCCCUGGGGCGUAUCAACCCCGUGCGCUACGUGGGACUGGUGGUCGAGCAAGCGCGGAAUAACCUCUCACAAACCACAAUUGGGCAUGUCAUUGUACUGGACGGCAGGUUCAAUGACAGGGGGCCUGAUCUGUAUCUGGGACGGCGAUUCUUGCAGGAUGUUUUCGAUGGAGGCCUUCCGCCAAAGGCCGCAUACGCCGUCGGCGGCGCGGGGCAGCAGAGCAAUCUCCCCAAUCCCAUGAGCCUUGGUCAAUUUGGCAAUCCAAAUCCACCCUCUUGGACGCCGGUGAUGCCCGUGGGGACCGCAGCACAGCAAUUUUGGGGGCAAACUCAAAUGCCUUCUUGGCCGGGGCAAGGAGGCGGCAGCAGCAGCCUAUCAUACGCUCAACCCUCCGAAGGAUUCCCCGUUGCGAACCAAACUUCGGUCCUCCCCGCGCCGCAGAUCCCCAUGGCCGGAAACACAGGUGCCCUGCUGUACUACGCCCAAGCAGCAGGCGGUGCAUACCCGUACGAAUUCCCACAAUCGACGCAGACACCCGAAGAACAACACGCCCCUGGGCCUGGGGGUCAGGAGAUGCCGCUGUGGAACGCUAGCAACAUCGUCUCGAAUCAAUUGCUGUUCGCAUCACCACCACCACCACCACCACCACAGGACUUCGAUCCCAGCUUUGGCAUCAAUGGCGACCGGGAGGUUUAUUAA